AUGCAUUUUACCGUCCUCUUCACCACCGUCCUAGUGGCAGUGGGCGCUGCUGCUGCACCAAAUCCGUCUACUCUUGUCACUCUCAAGGUCUUCGAAUCAGUCCGCCAAACUCCUCAAGGAUGGACCAAGUUGGAGGAGCCCAAGGCUUCCCAACGCCUCCAGCUCCAAAUCGCUCUUCAGGAACCAGAUCACAACCUGUUCGAGGCCACGUUAUUUCAAGUCUCGGAUCCAAAUCACGCAAGUUACGGCCAGCAUCUGAAGCGUGAAGAAGUGAAGUCCCUCAUUAAACCCAAAGCGGAAUCCACCAAGGCAGUUCUAUCCUGGUUAGCGGAUUCCGGGGUCCCUGAGUCUGAUAUCGAAAAUGACGGCGAAUGGGUUAAUUUCCGCGUCACUGUCUCUAGAGCAAAUGCAAUGCUGAAUACUACUUUCUCCUACUACACCCAGGAUUCGGACAAGUCUCACAAGAAGAAGAUCCGAGCUCUGCGUUACUCAGUGCCCUCCAAUAUUUCACCUCAUAUCACAAUGAUCCAGCCAACUACCCGUUUUGGGCAGAUGAGGGCCGCGGACAAGACAUCCUUCAUUUUGUCACAUGCAAAGAAGCCUUCCAAGGCUCCUACGGCGCCUCACGUGCCUAGUGUGGUGAUAGAUCCCUCCUGCAAUACCACCAUCACGCCUGCGUGCCUCAGAGCAAUGUAUAGCAUUGGGGACUACAGGGCCGACCCACGCGUCGGCUCCAUCCUUGGCGUGGCCGGAUUCCUGGAACAGUAUGCGAAGUUCGACGCUCUGGACCUGUUUCUUAACAAAUACGCUCCUUAUGCCAAAAGCCAAAAUUUUACCUUUGUCAAGAUCAACGGCGGGUUGGAUACCCAAGAUGAUAACGUGCACGAUGACACAGAAGCGAACUUGGAUAUGCAGUACGCUGCAUCUCUGGGCUUCAAGGAAGAGAUACGUUUCUACAGUACUGGUGGCCGCGGUCCGCUCGUACCCGAUCUCGAUCAACCGUAUCCUGAGCACAAUGCGAACGAGCCGUACUUGGAGUUCUUAACUUACAUGUUAAAGCUUCAUGACCAUGAUUUGCCCCAAACGCUCACGACGUCCUAUGGUGAAGAUGAGCAGAGUGUCCCGGAAUCAUACGCACGAACUGUUUGCAAUAUGUAUGGCCAGCUUGGUAUGCGAGGUGUUUCGGUGAUCUUCAGUAGUGGUGAUACUGGGGUUGGUUCCGCGUGUCAGACGAAUGACGACAAGAACACUACGAGAUUUUUACCCAUUUUUCCAGCAGCAUGUCCAUAUGUCACUUCGGUUGGUGCAACUCGUUCUUAUCCAGAAGAGGCGGUAUUUUUCUCCUCGGGUGGGUUCAGCGACCUCCACCCACGGCCAUCAUACCAAGACCAGGCGGUAAAACGUUAUCUCAAAACUCUAGGAAACAGAUGGAAAGGGCUAUACAAUCCCGAAGGACGAGGAUUCCCGGACAUAUCAGCCCAGGGCUACAGUUUUGACAUCUUCGGUCGAAAAGCCCCCACGGGACCGCUUGAGGUAUUCCAAGUUGGUGGUACAAGUGCUUCAGCGCCUACAGUCGCCGCCAUCGUUGCGCUGCUAAACAAUGCCCGCCUCCUAGCAGGGAGAAAACCAUUGGGAUUCUUGAAUCCGUGGCUCUACUCCACCGGCAGGCAAGGCCUCACCGAUGUCGUUCGUGGCGGCUCGACGGGUUGUACAGGUAAGGAUGUUUAUUCUGGUCUCCCAACGCCAUUUGUGCCGUACGCCAGUUGGAAUGCUACGGAGGGGUGGGAUCCUGUUACUGGGUUGGGAACUCCCAAUUUCCAGAAACUGUUGGAUCUGUCGACGCCUAGAAAUCGACUUCCUCAUAUUAGGGACUGCGAUGAUGGAAUGUGCUAG